ACGUCAGAUCGAUCUGAUUCCGAUCCUUCCGAUCGAUCCGUCAGAUCGUGAUGUUUAGCGGAUGUGGUCGCAUGUGGGUGUUAUAAGCUGAAGUUGAUGUUAGAAAGUUAAUAUUGUUGUAGUUGGUGUUUGUUAAGUUGAUAUAGAAACAUGAGCAGCAGCCGAUUCUUUGCUACCGGCUCAGACUCCGAGUCUGAGACUUCAUCAGAGGAAGAGCAGGUACAACGGCAGCCAGCUACAACGUUUACGUUCAGUGAUGAAGAAGAAGAAACAAAGAGAGUGGUCCGUUCUGCCAAGGAGAAGCGUUAUGAAGACCUCACGAAUAUAAUGAAACAAAUUAGAAACUUUAAAAAGAUAAAAGAUAUGAGCAGUAUGUUAACAAGCUUUGAAGACCUGAUGCGGGCAUACACUAAAGCACUUCCAGUAAUCAAUAAGGAAGAGAAAGGUCAGACUCCACGUUUCUAUCUGCGCUGUCUUAUUGAAAUGGAAGAUUUUAUAAAUGAUGUUUGGGAAGAUCGUGAAGGAAGGAAAAAUAUGUCAAAAAAUAACUCAAAAUCCUUGUCAUCUUUGCGUCAGAAACUUCGUAAAUACAACAAAGAAUUUGAGUUGGAUAUUGCAAAGUUUCGAGAAAAUCCUGAUCAGGCCGAAGAUGAAGAAGAUGAAGAGAAAGAGGGUGAAGGCGAUUCAGAGCCUGAUGAUGCAAAACCAUCAUCAUUUAGAAAAGCUGGUUCUGAGUCUAGUGCCACAGACUCCAAAAUAAUGAAGAAGCCACCUGAAGAUGAAGAAGGGAGUGAAGAUUCAACAGACUGGGGUACUGAUUCAGAGAGUGACACAGAUAGUAGUGAUGAUGAAACUCAAUAUGCCAGCGUCAGAGAACGUUUCCUGAAGAGAAACACAGAAAAAGAGGAGGAAGAAAAGAAAGAGAAAAAGGAAAAGAAUAAAGAAAGAAAAGAAAAGGAGAGGAAGCAGAGAAAAGAAGAGGAAGAAGAUGGCGAAGGAGGAUGGGAAAGAGUGAAGGGAGGAAUUAUUCCAUUAGAAAAGCCGAAAAUGUUUGCUAAAGAUGCAGAGAUUGAUGUUAAUCUCGUAGUGAAAAAGCUGAGUGAGAUCAUUGCAGCACGUGGGAAAAAGCGCACUGACCGCAGGGAACAAAUAGAACUGCUUCAUGAACUGCAGAGCGUGGCUGAAGCACAUCAUCUUGGCCCUGCUGUUGCUAUCAAGAUCAAGUUUGCAAUUGUGUCUGCAAUCUUCGAUUAUAAUCCCAAAGUCUCUGAUGCAAUGAAGCCAGAGUUCUGGGCCAAGCUGUUGGAUGGAAUUUCUGAUACCUUGGACUUGUUGCUGUCCACACCAGAUAUUAUCAUUGGUGAACAAAUACUGGAGGAAAAUGAAGUUUUUGAUGAACCUCCUUAUAAGGUGCGAGGCUGUGUCUUGACUAUGGUGGAGCGUUUGGAUGAAGAAUUCACCAAGUUGCUUAAAGAAUGUGAUCCUCAUAGCAAUGAAUAUGUAGAGAGGUUGAAAGAUGAGAAAAUGGUGGCAUCCAUUAUUGACAAGGUACAAGAAUAUUUGGAACGUCAGAGCUUGUCAGCAGAAUUGUGCCGUAUCUAUUUGCGGAAAAUUGAACAUUUGUACUACAAGUUUGAUCCAGAUGUCUUGAAACAGAAGCAGGGUGAGAUUCCCUCUAGUGCAGUGACUAGUGUGCAGGUGAUGGAGAAGCUGUGUAAGUAUAUUUAUGCUAAGGAUGGUACUGACCGGCUUCGCACAAGAGCUAUCUUGGCACAUAUCUACCACCAUGCACUCCACAACAACUGGUUCCAGGCCCGAGACCUAAUCCUCAUGUCACACCUCCAGGAAGCAAUUCAGCAUUCUGAUCCAGCCACACAGAUUUUGUAUAAUCGCACCAUGGCACACCUUGGCCUGUGUGCUUUCCGCCAUGCAAACAUCAAGGAUGCUCAUAACUGCUUGGUAGAUUUGAUGAUGACUGGAAAAGUAAAGGAACUCCUAGCACAAGGAUUGCUUCCUCAGAGGCAGCAUGAACGAAGCAAAGAGCAAGAGAAGAUUGAAAAGCAGCGGCAGAUGCCAUUCCACAUGCACAUUAACCUGGAGUUACUGGAGUGUGUGUACCUUGUGUCAGCCAUGCUCAUAGAAAUUCCCUAUAUGGCAGCUCAUGAGUUUGAUGCACGUCGCCGUAUGAUUUCUAAAACAUUCUACCAGCAAUUGAGAUCAAGUGAACGUCAGUCAUUGGUUGGACCUCCUGAAUCAAUGCGGGAACAUGUUGUUGCAGCUUCUAAAGCAAUGCGUAAUGGUAACUGGUCUGCCUGCAAGAACUUCAUUAUCAACGAGAAGAUGAAUGCCAAGGUGUGGGAUCUAUUUUAUGAAGCUGACAAAGUGCGCGAGAUGCUGACACAUCUGAUUCAAGAGGAGGCACUAAGGACAUAUUUAUUCACAUACUCCCAUGUCUAUGAUUCCAUCUCUAUGCCAACACUUGCUCAGAUGUUUGAGUUGGAAAAGCCUGUUGUUCAUUCCAUCAUCAGCAAAAUGAUUAUUAAUGAGGAACUUAUGGCCUCUUUGGAUGACCCAACACAGACCGUGGUUAUGCACAGAAGUGAACCAAGCAGGCUACAAUCACUUGCCUUGCAGCUCACGGAUAAGGUCAACAAUUUUGUGGAUUCAAAUGAGAGAAUCUUUGAGAUGAAACAAGGAAACUACUUCAAUCGUGGUGGGAACCAAGGUGGCUUCCGAGACCGUCAGAAUUUCAUUCGGCAAGGCCAAGAUUGGGGGAGACAGCGUCGAGAUAGAGGAGAAAACAGAGCAUUCUAAUUUAGAUGUUCUGAAAUUUAUCUGCUAAAAUACUUUUUUAUAGCUGUCAGCAUUAAAGCGUUGUGCUAGAGGCAGGUAUUCCUGCAUCAGCACGUAACUUCGCUUGACUGAAUAUCUGGACAGGUAUUCCAAACAAGAUCUAGCUUGUAUAGCUUGUAUGUUUAGCAGAAGAGAACUAUAGUUGAUUAUGUGUCAAAGGUUGAUAAUAGCAAGCAAAUGAGUUUUCAUAUUUCUUGAGAAUAUUGUGAUGUGACAUAUAUAAAAAUAAUAAAUUUACAUAGAGUUUAGUCCAUUUUAUAUAAAAUAUCAGAUUCAGGUGGUAACUACUUUUGAAAAUAAAUAAAUUUGUCCAUAUAAUUUCUUCUGUAUAUUAAAUGUAGGUUUCUACUACACUGUUAAUAAUAAGUAUUAUAUUCAUAUUCCACCUCAGAUGAUGCACUUAAAAUCUCAGUUCCGCUGUUGAAAUAUUACAGUUAAAAAUAUACAAUUUGCUAAGCAUGCUAAACCUAUAUUCAGAAAUACCACCCAUGGCCAGUUUCACACACACACACACAUAUAUAUAUUACCAUAGUCAGUAAGUUCAUAGACUGGCCGCAAAGUGUCAUUGCAGUGCAUUACAGUAGAUAGGUUGAGGCACAAUAUGAUGCCCUGUCAGUUCAUCUCUUGUCACAGCAAGAGGCAGUUGUGUGCAAACAGUGUAAGCAGAAAUAUGGCCUCCAUUGUGAACUCCAUUUAAAUGCAAGUAGCGGAAAUAAAAAAUGUGGCAGUCUGAACAAUGGGCAAGCAUCAGGUUCUGCCAAGAACUAGGCAAAUCCCCUAGUGAAACAUUUAACAUGGUGAGACAGUUUGGAAGAUGAUGAGGGUAAUGG